AUGCCAUCCGUGACACUUUUCGUUAUACCGUCUGUGACUCCUCUCCUCGUGCUGGGCGACCGCGGUGACACGAGCGGCGCCACCGGCAGCACUUUUCGGGCCAGGGAGACAUCCACGGCGGUGCGUUCGCGCGUCCGCAUCCCCGCACGCCACGGGCGCUCACUCAUCAGCUCCUGGCGCGUCUUCGUCGAGCUUAUGCGUCGCGUCGGGGUCGUGACGGCGCUGGGCCGGUGGGCGCUGUGA